AUGGAAUCAGAUGAGGUCUGCAUCCAGUACUUGAAAGACUCCAACAUGCUUUUCAUUGGUGGACUUGUGGUCGCCAUCGCUGUUGAAGAGUGGAAUCUGCACAAGAGGAUUGCCCUACAGGUCCUGCUUGUUGUAGGAGUGAAACCAUCACUUCUCAUGGUGGGGUUCAUGAGCACGACGGCAUUCUUAUCCAUGUGGAUCAGUAACUCCGCCUCCACUGCCAUGAUGUUGCCCAUCGCUAAGGCCGUGCUGGACCAGCUGUCUGACACAGAGGCACGAGCAGAGGAGAAAGAGUGGGAGAUGAUGGCUGCCAGUGACGGUGAAGAGAACCCAACCUUUCAAAUGGAGGAGGAGAAAACGGACGUGGACAGUGUGCUGCAUUUACAAGAAAAUGGCUUCACUGACAAUUGUUGUGCCAGAAGAGCAGAAGCUGAAGAGCGCAGAGCGAAAAGGGAGCAGAAGUAUUCUCGAUUGUCCAAAGGAAUGAGCCUGGCUAUCUGUUACUCUGCAAGUAUUGGAGGCACUGCCACGCUCACUGGGACCACUCCCAACGUCAUCCUGAAGGGCCAGAUCGAUGAACUCUUUCCAAACAAUGGCGGCAUCAUAAACUUUGCUAGCUGGUUCGGCUUCUCAUUUCCGAACAUGGUCCUGACGCUGGUGCUGUCGUGGUUGUGGCUGCAGGUGUUAUUUGUGGGCUUCAACUUUAAAGAAUUAUUUAGUUGCUGUACAAAAAGUAAAGGUCAAAAAGAGGACUAUCAGGUGAUCAAAAAUGAGUACAAGAAGUUGGGCCGGAUGAGCUUUGCAGAGGCUUGUGUUCUGAUGAUCUUCACUCUGCUGGUUCUGCUGUGGUUCACCAGAGAUCCAGGCUUCAUACCGGGCUGGGCCACCGUGCUUUUCAAUCAACAGAAAAAGUAUGUCACAGAUGGCACAGUGGCUAUAUUGAUGUCGUCGCUGUUUUUCUGCAUCCCGUCCAGUUUACCUUCAUGCUGCUGUGGGUCUUCGAGCGACGACUCCACUAAAGCCCCGCCCCCGUUGUUAAGUUGGAGUAUUGUCCACCAAAAGUUUCCUUGGAACACCCUCCUGCUUCUCGGGGGAGGGUUCGCAUUGGCUCAUGGUAGUGAUGUAUCUGGACUCUCUGCAUGGCUGGGGGACACUCUCAUUCCUCUUCAAAAUAUUCCACCGUUUGCCAUUUCGAUUCUGCUGUGUUUACUGGUGGCUCUCUUCACUGAGUGCUCCAGUAACACUGCCACCACAACACUGUUUCUGCCCAUUCUGGCCUCAAUGGCUGUCGCUAUCAAGAUCCAUCCCAUGUAUGUCAUGAUUCCUUGCACGUUUGCUUCUAACCUGGCCUUCAUGCUGCCUGUGGCCACGCCCCCCAACGCCAUAGCCUUCUCUUUUGGUAACCUCAAAGUCAUGGACAUGGUCAAAGCUGGCUCCAUGCUCAAUGUUAUUGGAGUUAUUACCAUCAACCUUUCCAUUAACACCUGGGGUGUAGCAAUGUUUGACCUCGAUACUUUCCCUGACUGGGCUAAUGUCACUGUCAAACCAUGA